AUGAAGACCUUGUUCUGCUUCGAGAGAGGUAUGAGGAAGUUAGGGCAAACGGCAUGUGUGCACGGACCACUUCGCUUAACCCUCUCACCUCACCACGCUCCCGGUGAGCUGUCUUCUGAUUUCUAUCUCGGAGAUCCAACGAAAUCGGAAAUCGGUGUCAACUCACCAGGAGUUCACCGAAUAGCAGUUCCCAGUGACCUUAAAUUCAGAGAAUACCAGUCCUCCAUGGUAGGAAAUAGUCCUACCUUUGCCAUUGGCCCUAAACUUUUGGACGACGAAGAGGCACCCGACAAGUCCAAUGGAGACUCAAAACCAAACCGUACCCGCAAUUACUCAUAUGGAUAUCUAUGCAGUGAAAGCGAUGGGGAGCAUACAAAUCCCAUCAACUCAGAUGGGAGAACUACAGAACUACAGAAGAGAAAGAAGGAAUAUCAAAAUGAAACGAGCACUCUCCCACAGAGUAUCGCAAGAAGCGAACACACAAGAGCAAAGAAACCAAAGAAAGGAUAG